ACACAAUACUGACGGCUUCUGAGCAAUACGCUAAAGAAAUAUUUCGUCUUUAUUGAAUUGAGCUCUGAUAGGAGAUGAUUUGGACUCUAACUUUUAAAUACGCUGCUUUAGUGUUGAUUUAAGUUGACAAAGUUAGAGCCUUUGUAAAAGAACCGAACUUUUUCUGGACAUCAUGUCAGAUACUAAAGCCAAGCCAAAUGAGCCAUCCAUGAGCAACCAAUCAGAAAAUCAGCAACAUGUGGGACAAAUACCGGAUAGCCAGUCAUCAGCUGAAGAUGAAGGAAAUGAUCCUGACAAGCAGAAGACAACCGGACAGUCUCAGGUGUACACUGCAACUAAAGAGAGUAUUUUCUCAAAGAAAACAACUCCUCCCAGUAACCAUCCUCUGCGUCUGGACUGGAUUUUUGGGAUGAAUCCAACUCUCCCUGUUUUUUGUCUGCAAGACCAUGACCAGCUACUUGUGCUUUACGCUGGAGCUCACGUUGGGAUCAUAUACAAUCAGACCUCAAACAUCCAACACAUACUUCGGGGUCACUCCCACCCCAUCUCAUCUAUGUGUGUCACUGAAGAUAAGCGCUGGAUUGCAACAGCAGAUCAUGGGACGCAGAGUAUGGUGUUGAUAUGGGACUCCUACUCUGGUAUUCCUGUUAAGACAUUUUUUGAUUGCCACGGUGAUGGAGGUGUCAAGACAAUGACAUUUUCAAGUGAUGGAAAAUAUCUGGCAACCCUCGGAAAUGAAGAGGAUCAAUGUGUGUGCAUUUGGGAUUGGACCAGUGAAGCACAAGAACCCUUCUGUAGCACCCAACUCGAGCCUGGAAUUGGUUUUCAAGAUUACAUCAUUUUUAAACCAAACGACAGCACUCAGCUCCUCAGUGGCAGUAAAAGUCAUGUUUUAUUCUACAGAAGGACAAAGGAAUGUCUCCAGUACUUUGCACUAAAGCUCAAGAAGUUCAAUGAUGAAGCCAAAUGGGCAGCUGUGUGUAGUCAGCAAAGUCCUGAUCCUCCGAAGUCUGUCAGCAUUACUCACAUGUCUCGCAGUCAGUCAGCAUUUCACUGGAUAAAGCCGAAGAUCCUAACAGCUAUCCUGGGCAGCGUUUUGUUGUGGGACAUCCGAGAAGACUUAAUCAAAAACCAGUCCCUGCCAGCUGAAAAAGUGAAGUUCCACCAGAUUCAGGAACACCCAAUCACAAUUCUAACUGUAGCCGAUAGCUGUGUCGUAACUGGGGAUACGCUGGGCAAUAUCUACUUUUAUGACGAAACAUUCAGGGUUCUCACUUCUUACAGUGACUUGACCGUGGAUCCUAUUGUGUCCAUCUCUUUUUCUAAAGAGUGUUCCGAGGGGUAUAUCAAGGACUGCUCCUUGGAGGCCAAACCAUUACUUGUCAGGAACUUUGUAGUGUCCACAAUCAGUGCCAAAGUGGUGCACGUGAAUACACAGAGUGGCACCUCUCAGACCCUCCUGCAUGAGAAUUAUGAACCUCUCUGUGCGUUGGCAUGUCACCCCAGUCAGCCCGCUGUGGCCAUGGGCAACCAGCAAGGCUUUUUAAAAUUAUGGGAUUAUAACAACAAAGCAGUCAUUGUUAGCAGGGCUUUUGACACAGAGCGGGACAUCCAGUGUAUCACUUUUGAUCCUAAAGGAUUUUACAUGGCAGUUGGCUUCGGGAGUGGAGCUGUUCACAUACUAAAUGCUCAGACUUUGCAGAGUCUUCCAGAGGAAUGUUUCCACUACACUAAAGACCGCAUCCAUCUAAUCACCUUCUCCUCAGACUCACAGUACCUUGCCACUGCGGAUGCUGGCAAAGCAGUGACAGUGUUCCACUUGCAGAGUAGUAAAGACUCUUUGCCUCGCUGGAUGUAUCUGGGCAGACAUUGCUCUCACUACAAGCCCAUCUCAGACCUUCUCUUUGGGGUCCAUCUGGACAGCACUCAAGCCAGACUGCUUUCUCUAGGAAAGGAUCGCAGACUAGUGGAGUAUGACCUGGAAAAGAGUGUUGUGAACCAGCUUCAUGUCGUCAGCUCAGAGCGCAUUGAGCAGAGUGCUGUGCCGCUGUGCAUGACUUGGUAUCCUCCUCUUACAACAGAACAAUUCCUUCUUGUUGCAUCAGACCAAUAUAAGAUGAAACUUUUCAACAGCACAACCAAGAUGUGCAGGAAGACUCUCCUUGGGCCAACGUAUGGCUCUCCCGUUAAGCAAAUAGUGGUCCUUCCCAAGUCUAAAGACCCUGCGAUAAGCUCAUAUCAACUGUCAUACAUCACAGAGGAUAAGGUUGGUCUCCAGAUUUUGCCUUUGGAUGGGAACCCCUAUAAGUCCUGUGCUUUGAUAUGCCAUCCGACCGGGGCGUCUACCCUUGCCUGCUCCUACGACGGGCGAUUGGUUUUUACUGCUGGAGGUUCUGACUGUAGUGUCAUCUCAUGGGAAAUUAAUUUAAAUGUGAUGGAAGCAGCAGUUGCCAUGGGUGGAAAGGAUAUCGUGCCCUUUUACUCUCUUAUUGAUGGAGGUAGAGAUGGAAAGUUUUUCAGGGAGAUUGAGGACUUUUUCUACUACUGUUUAAUUCGUCAUCAUGGCACCAACUUGACCAAGAAACGGCAGGUGCCCACCAGAAUUCCUCUAUCCGAGGUUCCCUUUCUAAUGAGAGCCCUUGGCUACUUUCCCACCGCACAAGAGAUAGAAGACAUGCAAAAUGAGGUCAAGUUCAGCAAAUAUGCUGAAACGGGAAACUAUGUGACCGACGUUGAUCUGGAGGAGUUUAUCAGGCUGUAUGUCAACCACCGACCGGCUUUUGGCAUCUCUAGCAGUGAACUUCUCCAAGCAUUUCAAGUCCUCGGUCGCAGCGACAGUGCAGGACAGCUUGUUCUGCCGAGACAGGAGCUGCUGGAACUUCUGCAAGUUCGAGGGGAGCACAUGACAGAGGAAGAGGUAGCAGAAUGUUUCACCUCACUUUUAGGCCUCAAUGAUGAGGAAGGGGAAGGGGAAGAAGAAGCGACAGCACUUUGUGAGGAUUCAGACUCUUCACUGGAGGGUGCAAUCCCUGAGGAAAUGUCGAUGGAGACUUUCACAGGUCAUAUCCUUGGAUUGCCGUCUUUCUUAGAGCCGACUGUCAGGUCUUCAUCUCCAGAGUAA